AACUAAAAGCCGACUGCCAUUCGGGCCGAGGGCACUCUCGCAGCAGCGCAGUGGUUGUCUUCCCUCUCCUCUCGCUUUCCCAUCUCUUUCUCCGCCUCGGCCACGAUCCUGAGCUAUGAAUCACGCUGCUCUUCUUCUUCUUCUUCUCCUCCUCCUCCUCUGGAUCCCGGCGCUCUUACUAUUUCGUCCUUCUUCCGCCACUUGCGCUCCUCGCUCUUGUCAGCUCCUCGAUUCCUGCUCCACCGCCGCCGACUGCUCCGCCGGACUCUACUGCGGCAGCUGCCCCGCCUCCGGCAACACCCAGCCUACCUGCGUUCGCAACCAGGCCAACCUGCCCACUUCCUUCGUCAAGGGAUUGCCUUUCAACAGGUACACAUGGUUGGUUACACACAAUUCCUUCUCGAUUGUGGACGAACCAUCUUCCACCGGCGUUCCCAGAGUUACUUUCUACAACCAAGAAGACACCGUCACGAAUCAGUUGAGGAAUGGUGUGAGGGGCUUGAUGCUGGAUAUGUACGAUUUUGAGAAUGAUAUAUGGCUGUGCCAUUCGUUUCAGGGGCAGUGCUACAACUUCACAGCAUUUGAACCAGCGAUCAACACCUUGAAGGAAGUUGAGGCUUUUUUGUCUCAAAAUCCUUCAGAGAUAGUGACCAUCAUCAUCGAAGAUUACGUGCACGCUCUAAAAGGGUUGAGCAAACUGUUCGCGGAUGCAGGCUUGGUCAAAUUCUGGUAUCCAGUCUCUGAAAUGCCGAGGAAUGGGAUGGAUUGGCCAAGUGUGACUGAUAUGGUAGCAAAGAAUCAUAGGCUGCUGGUCUUUACCUCUGAUGCUUCCAAGGAAGCUAGUGAGGGUAUUGCCUUUCAGUGGCAUUACUUUUUGGAAAAUGAAGCUGGAGAUCCAGGGCUCUUACCAGGUUCAUGCCCAAAUAGGAAGGAAUCACAACCAUUAAAUUCAAGAUAUGCAUCAUUAUUUUUACAAAACUACUUCCCCACAAUGCCAUUCGGAAAUGAAGCUUGCAAAGAACACUCUGUUGGACUUGCUGAAAUGGUUGAUGCUUGUUUUAGAGCCGCUGGAAAUAUGAUGCCCAACUUCAUUGCAGUAAACUUUUACAUGAGAAGCAACGGAGGCGGUGUUUUCGACAUACAAGAUCGAAUAAAUGGGCUUUCACUUUGUGGGUGCAGUACUAUCACUGCCUGUCAGGCUGGAGCAGCAACAGGAGUUUGCAAGAACACAGGAUCAUCCAAUCUGCCUUCCACCAUCACUGGAGGCACCUAUUCUGGUUAUGUCGAGUUAUCAGGAUCUGUUUCGUCGUUCCAAUUUUCUGUUGGCCUGGUAGUCCAACUGGUUGUGGCUGUGCUACUGUUGCAUUCAUUGUAUUAAAUAUUUGAUCUUGGCAUAUUUAAUUUAUUUUCUUCGAGUAUAAAUCAAUUUUUGUUGGUUC